CAAGGAAACCGAUGCAAGUCCACCUUUCGCAAACAUACAAUACUGUAUAAGUUGCUGUGUACAUUUGGAGAAAUAGAAAAUGAAGAUCUUCUUCGCAUUUACUGUGCUAUGCUCCUUUAUGAUUGCAACCGAAGGGCUCAUUUGCUGGACAUGUUUGAACGCUGCAUCGAAUGAAUUGUGUAUUGCACAAGGAAAAAAUCAGACAUGCGAGAAAAACGAGUUAUCUUGCCAAACUCAUAUAAGAAAAGAUGAUCAUGGAACGAGAAUCACAAAGGAAUGCAAACAAACCAAAGCUUGCACCAACAACCACAUACAAAACCCACGAGCUGGCUAUUCACCGAGUCAAUGCCAUGAAACAAACCAGGAAUCGGUCUGUAGGUGUUGCUGUAAUUUUAAUAACUGCAACUUGGAAACCGUGGAUUGCCCGUAUGAACCUCCCCCAACAACCAUGCCACCCCCAACUACUGUACCACCCCCAACUACUGUACCACCUCCAACUACUGUACCACCUCCAACUACUACACUGCCCCCACCCCCACCUACAACAGAGGCAGCACCACCAACAGUUGCUGACGAAACUCCCCCGCCGCACAUAUGCCAGGCGCUCAAUUUUAAAAACGGAAGCGCAUCAUGUACUGACGGCAACAACCUAAGUUCGAACUGUACGUUUGAAUGCGACGCAGAUUUGGUUCUACACCCAGCUAACGUUUCGUCGUCACAGUGUACACCAAGCGGGUGGAUUGAGCCUCCACCAUGCUGCACAAAGUUGUGUCCGCCAUUUGCGCGCACCGAUGCCAUCAUAGUGGUCGACUCAUCAAGCUCUGUGAAAAGACCGAACUGGGACAAAAUGAUUGCUUUUAUUGUUAACAUGCUUAGACAAUUCACAAUCGACCAGUCAAGUUUGCGUAUCGGAGCUUUCCGUUACAACCGACGUGUCCACACUGACACACAGAUCUUAUUAAAUCAAUUCAAUAAUGAUAAAGAUGGACUUUUGGCAGCAAUACAAAGCUUGCCAUAUAACGGAGGGGGUACCAACACCGGAAGAGCGAUCGCUCACGUAACAAACGUGAUGUUAAAAGCGGAAAAUGGAAACAGACCUGACGUUCAAGAUUUAGUUGUCCUUAUUACUGACGGCCGAGCUCAAGACAGAGUAGAUUUGGUUUCUGCUGAUUUAAGAGCUACAGGGGCAGUGGUAUUCGUUGUCGCUGUUAUCCUGCCUGGAUCAACGAUUCGUCUUUCUCAAAUGCUGGAAAUUUCUGGAACAAAUGAAACCCUGUUGAUUGUUGAUAGCGGUUUCGACGGACUGGAUACAGCGUUUUCGAGCAUGUUAACCAAAUAUUUUUGCCCGACAGACCUCUGCUUAAAUAUUUAAGAGCCUACACACUGCAGGAAACUAUCUAUUUUAAAUCGCAAAACAUUUAAUAAAUAGGAAAUAUUGAAUUCUGGUUUCUCAACUAUAUUUUCAUGAAAAUUAGAAAAACAUACUAAAUUUUUAUAAACGUGAAGAUUUUUUUAUGAUAUUAAAUCAGAAUGAACGCUUCCUUUUAUCUUUUUUCUGGUUCCUAAACCAAACUGCACUUAUAUAUUACAACGCUGCUUAGUAUAAUAUGUACUCUUGUGAAAGCGCUUUUGUAAAUUUGUGUUAUGGUGUACAAUUAUAGCUUGCUACCAUUACAUAUACAGCACCUAAAACUC